AGGGUGGUAUAUUUGUGACACAGGUAAUAUAAGACCAAUGUCCAUAACAUGAAUCAAACAUUUAUUAGAGGAAGCAAAAUUAAAGUGACAUUUAUACAUUGUUCAGUGCUGGAAUAUUCAGCCACACUGAGGUCUUCUCUUCUAUCUACAACACAUUGAGAUAGGUUUUUAAGUAUGUUGCGACUUACACAGCUCAUAUGCCAUCCUAUGCUGAUAUCUGGGGAUGGGUCAUGGCUUCAGAUUUUUCAUUAGAGCUGAAUGCAGAAGAGAUAUACCUGAGAAUGAGACAAAGGAUUAAGGGAGAAAAUAGAUAUAUGGAUGGCAAAACAUUCUCAUCAGCCUCAACAUUGAGCAAAGUUGUUCGCAAUUCGUUGGACAAUGAAACUCAUGUACACACAGAGGAAGCUGCAAAGUUCAUACAUGGCCAUGGCAAGCACGCUUAAUUAACCAAGCUUGACAACAAGUAUCACAACAUAUAAAGAAAACAAGUGAAAUCCCAUGUUAUGUUG